GCUCAGGUUGGGAUUAAGUGUUAUACAUAUUUUAAGUAUUUCAAUUGAAAAAUCUUCCGUUAAGGAAUUGCACGAUCAAACUGCGUUGUUGUGGAAAGUGCCCUGUGAAUUUUACGACUCCGGAGCUGCCUGUGCUGUGCCAAUUAUUGCCAAGAUAAGAGUUAUCGAUUCUCCUUUGCACACCGUGCGUCCUAAAAACGGUGGCAAUACGAUAUCUUUAAUUGGUUCAGCUUUAUAAAACCAAUAAGACAUACAAUUAUCUCGAAUUAUCUACUUGCUUCUAUCGAUAAUUGUUUUCGAAUUCGUAAUGUCAAUUAUUGCAGAACGACAGUUGAAAAAUAGUCGCCAUCUUGAAUCCACCCCAUGUGGUCGCACUACAACCGGAAAACUAUUUGUUUAUUUAUUUUUUCACUCCUACAAUGUUUUUUAAUUUAAUUCAUUCCCAAGAGGCUUCUAUUUCCUGUAAACAAUUCUGUUUUUAUUGAACACGCAUAUGUAUAAUGAGUUAACCGCAGAUGUAUGAAUCAGAGAUUAUUCAAAGACCAGUAAUAUUUUUCUGCAACAUAUAAUCCAAUGCUUGAAACUGAAUAAAAAAAUACAUCAUGAAGAGUAAUUUUGAAUACAAAAAAGAAAUUUAUGUGUCAUUUAGUAUUGCAAAUAAACAGCUUUGGUGGCAUGCCCCAAUGUUGUUCGGCCCUGACACUUUCUCCCACUCGCGCAAUGGAGCUCAAACACGUUCGCCAUUUCGGAAUGGGUUGUCGAUCGAGAAUUUCAAGAAAUUUAUUAUACCUGUGGGUCCAUUCGUUGAUCUUUACUGUUGACAAAUAUUCACCGAAAGUUUUCUGUUGACAAGGUACCUGUUUCCAAAAAAAAAUCUACCCGGGAUGACAAAAUAAAGAUGGAAACAACUACUGCUGACAGGGAGACAGAAGCCAGCAAGGUUCUCUACAAUUUGUUGUCAAUCGAGCGCAUUGCAAGUCGUAAAGGUACCAAGGCAAAUUCAAAAAAGAAACAUAAUGAUGCUGCUCAAUCCACUGAUCUAUUUGAACAAAGUUCCACGACACCCUUAAAAGUUUCGCAAGGUAAAGCUCCAGAAUUAGAGAAAACAGGUAUCAGCAAACCUCAAAAUCUAGCUGGACUUUCUGAAAAUGAAGAUGUUGACAAGAUCGUCAACUUGGAUAUUGACAACUCCUCUACACCUGCCACUGUAAAACGGAAUCCCGAGCUGACCGGUGAUGAGGGAGAUGAAGGUGCAAAGAUUAGCCAGAAGAAGAAGCAACGGUCAACAAAAUCAAAACAGAAGAAAGUUAGAACCGACGGAGAAGCGAGUUACGAUCCUACUCGCUUAGAAGAUGAUGCGGUCCAAGUUUUAGAGAGAUUUAAACGGGGUUGUGAAUGCCAGGACGAUCACUGCUUCAGUGGGCUUAAUCCAGAAUCUGUUUAUCGUCACAGACUUAACAUUGCAGAGCUUACCAAAGCUGAACAUGAUAUGUACUUAAUGGGAGUCACGAUGGCUUGUUUGACUAACCCAUACCAAACAGCAAGACAUACGGAGAGAAGGAGACUGCGAGCGCAGUACGUUUACCAGGGACGUAGGGUUUGCUUAGAUGCUUUUCUGUACCUUGAGAAUUGCACGCAUUAUCAAAUAAAAAGAAUCCGGAAGCAUCUGAUAACACAAGGCGUUACACCUAGGGUUCAUGGGAACCAUGGAAAAAUUCCGCAUAACACAUUUUCUCUAGAUAUAUACAAAAUAGCGACAGAGUUCCUCAAAAGUUUUAUAAAUAAACAAGAGACAAAACAGAAGACCACUGCCAGACAGGGUCCUCUGCAUCUUGCCUCAGAUGUUACAAGAAAGACUGUUCAUGAUCUAUAUACAAAUUAUUGCAGAAAGUUAUCACCCGAUAUUAAGAUUAUGGGAUAUUCGACUUUCAGGAGAUUUAUGAAAGUACAGUUUCCACAGGUUAAAUUUGCCAAGGUGGAAUUUGUUGUCAAGGGACAACAAAAUACUUCGCAAAACCAGAACUUUACCCUGAAAGGAGAUACGGAAAAAAGAGACGACGAAACAUCCAGGGCACUUGUUGCCACUGGCAACGAAUUGGUUCCGCUAGUUUUAACGAAUGGAACUGUCGAACAAAAUGGGGCAUACCUUUUAACACCAGUUAGCAAAUUGCAGAAUGGUGUUAGCUACCAGCUCACACCCGGUGGAUUUUUAGUUAAAAGUUCCAACACCCCCUCGAUUGUGACUAAUGUCAACUCCAUAUAAUCUAUUCUUUAACUUUCUCUUGAUCAGAAUAGGUCAUGCAAUUAAAAUGUACUAUGCAGUAUGCCUAGCAACGACGCACCAGACGCUAGUCACUAACACGAAUAUUUGUCGUUGAGUAUUGAUAAUUUUUUAAUUCUUAGUACUCCGUACAGAAAUGAUCCAUUAGAUCUAGUAGCUUUUUUUAAUGUCAAGCAAACACAAAUCUUGAAUCAUUUGUGAAGAUUUACUCUACAUUUUAAUUAGUAUAUUGUACUGUAAUUUAUGCGUAUUUUGAUCCCUACUUCAUUAAAAGUAGCUUGUGAUUGAGUUGUAAAUUUAGUUGCAGUAGAUAAUAAAGUGAUUCAACACAA